AUGCCGCUCAUACGUUCGGCGAGCUCGAGUUUAUUUAUGGAAAUUCUUAUUCGUAUAUUGCUCUUCUCAGCAUUUUGUUAUAUGGAGUCUAUGUCACCUUUUAUUCGAGUGAUUCCACCAUCAGAACUGGAGAACAACUGUAAAUAUCCUCGACAUGAAUCUUACGUGCCAAGUGGGAUGCUAUGGUCAAUAGUGCUGUCUGUACCAUGUAUACUAUCUUUAAUAGCUUGGGCCAUUUGUAACGAUUGUAAUGAUGCUUUAGAGUUUUUACUUUCAUGGUCUAUGGCAUUGGGUAUCACGGGUGUAGUAACGGAUACAGUUAAAUUAAUAGUAGGGCGACCCCGACCCGAUUUCUUCUACCGGUGUUUCCCCGAUGGGAUACAAACAGCUGAUCUACAAUGUACAGGUGAUCCGGCAGAUGUAAUGGAAGGAAGGAAAUCUUUUCCAAGCGGUCAUAGCAGUUUGUCAUUCUGUUCCCUCGGGAUAGCAUCAGUCUGGAUCUGUGGGAAGCUGGGCACCAUGUCCAGGAGACGAGGGUCUGGAGCGAGAGUCCUUUGCAUUCUGGCCCCAGUGCUGGCGGCCACGUGUAUAGCUUUAUCGAGGACCUGUGACUAUCAUCAUCAUUGGCAAGAUGUCCUUGUAGGAUCCGUGUUAGGAUUUUCGGUUGCUAUAUUCUGUUAUCGUCAGUAUUACAACCCUUUAUCGUCGGAUUUAUCUGGUAUUCCCUACAUAGUUUCUAAGUCAAAUUUAGCAAAAUAUUUCAAUGGAAAACCAGAUAUAAGUCCAGUUAAAAACACUAAAGAAGAAUCUACACCGUUGUUGAACGGCAAAAAAGAAGACAAAUGGAUC